CCUUCUGAGCUCUUAUAAACCAGCAGCCUGAGAGCCCCUAAGGCUUUUUCUCCCUUUUUCUUUUCCCCCUUACUUUCAGGAGCCUUAGUUUAGAGGUGGGAAGGUUGGGCUCUGCUCCCUGCAGCUCUAGGAUGUAGUGUCAGGAUUUCCCACACUUCCCAGUGCUGCCACGCAGAUGAAGGAUCAUGGCAUCGCAUAGCUCCAUGGUGGCCCUGGGGCUCGGUUCCCAGCCCAGCUGCAGCACCCCACUGUCUGCCCAAAGAAAUUCCUUCCCUGGGCUGCACCUCCCGUCGCAGAGCUGCUUGCUCAGCCAAGACAGCUUCUUCAGGAGCUCCAGUAGGAGUUUCUGUGAUACGAGUGAUGCUGUGGGUUCAGAACUGUUCGACUGCAACUACUCCAUCCCUGACCCGCAGCUGAUCCGCAGGAUUGUGUCUCAGGUGGAGUUCUACCUCUCUGAUGAGAACCUGGCCAAGGAUGCCUUCCUCCUGAAGCACGUCCAGAAGAACAAGUUGGGUUUUGUCAGCAUCAAGCUGCUGACAUCCUUCAAGAAGGUGAAAUACCUCACCCGUGACUGGCGCCUCACACUCUAUGCCCUUCGCUUCUCCGAGCUGCUGGAAGUCAACCAGGAGGGCACCAAAGUGCGCCGUCGCAUCCCCAUCCCCGACUCGAUCCUCAACGUCCCUCCCACCAAACUCCUGCUGGCCUGGGACCCGUUGCCCCCGGAGCCGGGCCCGCCUCCGCCGCUCCAGAGGAACUUCAUUGAAACCAUCACGCAGAUGUUCAGCCCCUUUGGAGCCAUCGCCUCCAUCCGCAUCCUCCGGCCGGGCCGUAAGCUGCCGUCGGACAUGAGGAAAUACGCAACGCGUUUCCCUGAGCUGCUGAGCCACUGCUGUGCGCUGGUGGAGUACGAGAGCCUGGAGAGCGCGCGCAGGGCCUGCGAAGAGCUGGGCCAGCCCUGCUCCCGUGGCAUCUGUGUGGUGAGGCUCUCGGGGAAGGGAUCCAAGAAGAGGAACGAGGCUGAGCAGGAGGAGCUGGUGGAGGCGCGUGCCGAAGCCUUUCCCUGUGCUGUUGGGGAUUCGCUGUUCUGCAGCUCCUCGGAGUCGGAUGUGGCCUCACCACAGCUCCUCUCGGCACCCGCUUGGCCCCACGGCCACAGCUUCCAGCCCAGCUCCUUCAGCAGCACCUUCGCUGGGUCGCUCCUGGCCAGCGUGGCCUUCCCUCCGCUCACUGCAGAGCUGGGUUUCAGCCUCAGUGCCGCCCCCAAGGGCCCCGAUUUGGGCUGGGGGAGCGCGUGGGCCCCGUGGCACAGCAGCACCGCCCACAGCCCCUCUGUGGAUGCCACAUCCCCUCCCAGAACCCCCCUGGCUAUGAAGCCCAAGUCCUGCGUGCUGCGCCUGCCCCAUGGGCCCGAUGGCACCAAAGGCUUCUACAACAGCAUUGGGAGAGGGAAGUUUGUCCUCGAGCACUAAGGCUCCUUGACGUUUGGGUUUAUUGGGUAU